AAUGGUAGCACUUGAUCGCUCACUACAUUCAGCCUAUGAACGGAGACCGCGACACCUCUCCACUGUCCAACCACCCUACAGAACGGACACCGUUAAUAUCCUCGACUAGUCACCAUGUCGAAACCCCCGCCGCGCCAGAGCCUUUGGUGGAUCCUGUCGUGAAUAAACUACGCGUCCGGGAAUCUGGCUUUCAGCAUAUACCCGUAGAGCAGUUGUGCCCGGACACUUUGACUUCCGAGAUGUCAAGGGUCGCGUUUGUGCUCGUCGUAUUGUUGAGCCUUCAUCAAACGAUACAUGUUGGGCCAAAGGCGUCCUUCGAGCAUCUGUCCGAGCAUUGGAGACAAGAGCGGAGGGAUCACGACUUUUUAGAAGCAAUACGUGGUCAACUCGUCACCCACUGGGAAGCAUUUUUACUCCCGGAACCAUCCACGUCGGAUAUAGAGCAUGUACUUUGGGUAUCAUUCCCCUUAAAUGAAAGUGGACGGCGGGCUCGACUCGUCGAUCUUCUGGCCCUUCGUGAAGCACCCGGCGAUAUCCUUGCACAUCACGUUGUGUAUCUGAGCCUAUUGCGAACCUGGACACUUGGUCCGAUCGAGAGAGAAACCAGAACCUCUAUCCUUGGACGGGUCUCUCGGCGGUUUGUCUCUGUGGUGACUCCGAAGGUGCUACAUCUCCUCGAUUUGCUCGUUCAAGUGGCCUUUCUGUUGCUACUCGUGUCUUAUGUACUCAGGCCACCUACCGCAUCCUCAGAAGAGACAUCACCCCAACCGGUCCCUGGAACUCGCGAAAUACUUCUUAUGAUUUAUUCUUCCAGUCAAAUUUUUCGGCCAAUUCAGGUCACUACUAUUUCGUCCGCAUUGGUCUUGUUCUCCUUCUUGUCUCGUUUGCCUUCUGUGCCUUAUCCUGAUGAUUUUUCGUUCGGCACUCUGAUGACAGCACUCACUAUCCACAUUCUACAACUUCAUCUCCCCGUACAUCCUAGUCCAGUAUUCCUCCUGCCUUUCCAGACCGGACUACCACUCACUACCCUAGUCUGGCAUGGUGUCACACGGAUAUUCCUUCCUGUCUUGGCUUUCUUUUUACCAGCGAUUCUUAUCGCAUUCUUUCUGCUUUCAAUUUCCUUAUCAGACGUGCUCCUACACUUUCCAUUCCUAUCGGCGACUUUGGACCCGGCACCCUUAGAAGCACGGACGACAUUCGUCUUUCUUUUAGCAUUACUUCUCGUUCUAAUGGUUUGUUCUGUUAUUAUGCUGGUCCUUGUGUAUCCAUUCCUUUCAUCUUCCAACCCUCCAUCUGAAUGGGAUCGAUAUUCGACGUCUAUUGGAUUGGAUGCACGGCGCAGUUUUAUUCGUCUAGUUGUGGCGUAUUCGGAACGUAGAUUUUUCCCACCUCCUUUCAACCUUCUGCAGUUCUUCUUUAUUCGUAUCCCAGAGUUCAUAUUUGUCCGAGUAGGUGCGAAGAAGGUGUUGAAGUGGUUGGACGGGAUAGAGGGUGCCCUUUGGAGCAUUUUUGUUCUGCCGGUAUCAUUGGUCCUAGGUAGUUUCUUCCUUCUAGACCGGAUACCAUAGGCCUUACCUACGUGGAAAUAUCGUCCAUUCGAGCAUAAUCACCAUGCCGAAAGCCUUUGCUUGUCAACUUAAAUACUUGCCAAAUUGGGCUCCGAUCAAAGACACGAGAAAGUGAUCG